AUGAUGGUGUCCUUGCCGCUGUUUGAGCUGGGCAACGACCGCAACUAUCAGAGCCUACCGGCCAGACCCCCGGAGAUCGACAACUCCGACUUGGAGGGCGAGCACAAGGGCGAGCUGAAGAUGAACUUGGUGGAACACCUCGACUUUGAGCUGAUCCCCGAAGAGUUGUGGCUUCAGUUGGUGGAGUGGUACGGUGGUGGCCCGGCCCUGCCUCGGAAGGUGAUCUGCAUGGGCCAUGACCAUCAGAUGCAGGUCGAGCUGUACCCUGCGCUGGUGCUGGUGGUGGUGGCGGGCGCGGACGGCCAGCCGUUGCCGCAAUUCAGCCGCCGCUUCUUUCUCUCCAAGCAGUCCACGCUGGAACAGACUCUGUCCAUGCUGUCGGAGAAGUUGCAGAAGCCCGCGGACCGGUCGCGGCUGUGGCACCGCUCCAAAGGCGAGCAGUGGCGACUGGUGCAGAACCCCCUGAUGUCCAUAGACGAGUUCCUGGAGGGGAAGGGCUGGGACGCUGGAGCCUUCCUCCUGGAGACCAGCGAAGACUCCACUUGGCCCCGGGACCGCCGUGAUGCAGCAGAGGCGGAAGAGGUGCCGGCCGUAGAGGCGGAUCUGCGCUUCGAAGUGGGUGAUCGCGUGGAGGCGAAGGGCGGCACUGGCCAGUGGUUGCGUGGCACAAUCGUGGAUGUGGUUCUACGAUCUGGGUCCACCCCAUCACAGGUGAAGGUCCAUUUCGACUCCACGGUCUACAAGUCGGACGAGUGGAUCCACACCUCCUCACAGCGCCUGGCGACCUUGGGCUCCCACACGGGCAAGGCGGAAGGCGACAAGACGGAGGAGACGUCCGGCGUUCCGGGCGCCACAGGCCUCACGAAUUUGGGCAACACCUGCUUCAUGAACGCGACGCUGCAGUGUAUGGUGAACACCCCACUGGUGCGCGAGUACUUCUUGUCCUCGCAGCACCUCCGAGAUAUCUCUGAGCGCCGUGGCUCCAGCUCAAAGGGGCGCCUGGCGCAAGAGUUCGGCCACGUGCUGCUGGAGCUGUGGUCCGGCAAAAGUGCCGUGGUGAGCCCGCGCAACCUCAAGCGAGCCAUCGACCAGUUCGCCCCCCAGUUCGCCGGCUACGAGCAGCACGAUGCGCAGGAGAGAGAGUCAAAGCCCCAAUCCGAGACCCAGCGAAGCCGCGGACCCGUAAACCGCUUUCGCUUAUUACUAGGGGGUGGUCUCUGUGUGUGUGAUGGGGGUACCUGGAGUCUCCAUGACUCUAAACUUGAUAUGAAAUGGGGUCAUUGCCCAAAAUAG